CAGCUCUUGAGCUGCCUCACGUCUCCGUCCCCCUCCCUCUCAUUAAGUCUCUCCUCCAUCUCUCUCCUUCAGUCCUUUUCAUCUUCGCCUUCUCCCUCUUCCUCCUCCCUUGCGAUCUUUUUCCAACCUCGAACUUCCAUGGAUCGAGAGCUCUCGUGGGUUCUUACACUUGUUGCUUAUUGUUGCUUGAUGGGAGAGGGUAAUGCCCAGCUCGGAGUCGGCUUCUACCGCGAAACCUGCCCUUCCGCCGAGCCCGUCGUGAGAUCCGUCGUUAGAAAUGCGGUCAUCUCCAACCCCAACACGGCCGCGGUCUUGCUUCGCCUUCACUUCCAUGACUGCUUCGUCGAGGGAUGUGAUGGUUCGAUUCUUAUAGAGAACGGGCAAAGUGCGGAGAGGAAUGCGUUCGGGCACCAAGGGGUGGGCGGAUUCGAUGUGAUUGAGGAAGCCAAGCAGCAACUCGAGGCCGCGUGCCCCGGCAUCGUCUCGUGCGCCGACAUCGUCGCCUUAGCGGCUAGAGAUGCUGUCGCGACGGCAAAUGGGCCGGCUUAUGAGGUGCCGACAGGGCGGCGGGACGGGAGGGUGUCGAAUGUGUCGCUGGCCGCAGACAUGCCGGACGUCGGUGACUCCAUCCAACAGCUCAAGUCCAAGUUCUCCGAGAAAGGUCUCUCCGACGGGGACCUCGUCCUCCUCAGCGCCGCGCAUACCAUCGGAACCACCGCGUGCUUCUUCAUGACGGAACGUCUGUACAACUCCGUGCCCGGCGGCGGAUCGGAUCGUUCGAUCGACCCUGACUUCUUGCCGGAGCUGAAGUCGAUGUGCCCACAGAACGGCGACGUGAACAUGCGGAUAGCAAUCGAUCACGGCAGCGAGCGGACAUUCGACGACCGAAUCCUCCGGAAUAUCAGAAGCGGAUGGGCCGUGUUGGAGUCGGACGCGAAGCUAAACGAUGACCCGGCGACGCGGAGCGUGAUGGAAUCUUACGUGGGUCUCUUCAACCCGCUCUUCAGGCCCUCCUUCGAAGCGGAUUUCGUCGAAUCGAUGGUAAAGAUGGGUCAAAUUGGUGUCAAGACGGGUUCGAAUGGAGAGAUCAGACGGGUUUGCAAAUCUUUUAACUAAUUACUCGAUCACAUCUUACCUUACAUGUGCAUUUAUUGGUCUCCAUGAAUAAUAGGUUGUCCUAGAUCAUUUGGACUUAAUUGUCCCAUUUGUAAAGACAUGAUGUUAAC